AUGGACGCCCACAAUAGCACUAUCGUGACGAUCCAUAUCCCCCGCCUCGGCGACGUACAGGUCGAAACAUCGCAGGAACUGGUCGUACAGGACGUCGUCGACCUCGCUUUGAUCGAAGCUGAGGAGGAGUAUGGAGAAGAGUCUCUCAAGGUUGCGCUUGACAGGGCGGAGGGGACGAAUGAGUGGAAGGGAGCUGUUACGGGGGAGGACUGGACUUUGCUGGAGAUAAGAGCUGCCCGGGGUGUCAAGUGGUGGUCUGAGGCGGACAUCAGCAGCUAUACAGAUGGUCUCCUUGAGCCGACACAGAAACUACCUCUCGAUACCGGCUUUACUCUGAUACAACCUCAGACACCCAUCAUCGUCAUCCUGAUCACCAUCCCGACUAGCAGCUCGCUCGAUCCUCUCAAGACCAGAGUCCCCAUAUCCACAUCUUCGACCUUGUCUCUAAUCCUCUCAGAGCUCGAAAACACCCUCGGCCUCCCGCGCUCGACGGCGGACCUACUAUCUCCCAAUGCUCCCGGAAGAGUCAGCAAAUCGAGUACUGGGUCUUAUGCUGGACAAGGUGCUGCGGGGUCUCCCAAUGAUGUACUUCAGUGGCAAGUGUCCAUGGAACACACGGGCUCUUACACGCAGCUGGCCCUCGAAGCCAACGUAUUUGACUCCCUCAAGCAUUCACAGAACCCAACAAUACAAUUGUCUCUUGACGAAGACUGGCUUCUUAACGGAUCAUCAAGUAAAGGUGGCGGCGAAGAAGGGGCAGAAGCGGAAGGAGGCACAAUCAAGGCGACUGCAGCAGCGCAUGUCGCAGAAUCGCCAAGCUCGAAACGUCGGCUAGCGGGGUUGUUCCAGCCCUUGGUUUCGCAAGCUGCGCCGACGGCUCCUCUGGCUGUCGCGACGCUGCAAGGCGCGAGUGCGACCCAAGAUGGACAUACGGAUGGUGUAACGAACGGGCUAACGGAGGCGAUGGGAGAGACCUUGGGACCAGCAGGAAAGGCCGCUUAUGAUGAAGAUGAAUGGGAGAGGCUACUUAACGACUUGAACCUUCAUGGGGCGAAGCGAGAUGCCAUGAACGCCAUCACACCCUCCCGCAAAGCCCUCAUCCUCUCCCAAAACCGACGCUCGUCCGCAUCCUCGACCACCAGUCCCACUUCCCCAUCAAAUCCCGCGACCUUCUUUUCUCUUUCCGCUGGCACGAAUAUAGGUCUUACAAGGUUGUUACCGCAGUAUACGGGCCCGUCCUUUGCGAGCUAUGAGCACGGGCAGAAGGAGGGGGGCGAGAGUGGAGAAGGAGGAUGGGCGAAGAGGUUUUCUUUGACGAGCUUCAAGGAUUGGACAGCACCUUCGGCACCGCCGGCAGCUGUAGCAGAGGCUCCUGAGUCCACACCGAAGCCAGCACCCGAGACCGCUAAGGAGCCACAUAUAUCUGCCAAGCCUAUGGAGAAACAGGGCACUGGCGGAUUGUGGGCUUGGUGGACAGGGGCGUCCAAGCCGGAGGAUGGUAGUCCUGCUGCUUUCAUCGAAGGGCUCGAACAAAAGAGGCCUCCAAGUGUUCAAGUAAAACAUCUUCUUUCUUUACGUGUAACGCUUUCCACCGCAAAGCUCUCGUGGAUACACCAAUUCCUACAUCUCAAAGGUAUCGUCCAUCUAGGUGCAUUGUUGGAGGGGGCUGCCAAGAAGCAUCUCGAGAAAGGCGAUGUGGAGGAGCAGAUCGUAUGGGAGGCCGUCAAGAGUUUGAGGAUUCUGAUGAACAUUGAUGCUGGAUUCGGCGCCGUACUCGACUAUCCAUCCGUCAUAACCUCCCUGACUCUCAGCCUCCUCACCCCGUCCCCAAAACUUCGAGCUUCCAUCGCCGACCUCUUAUCUGGCCUUACCAUACUAUCCCCAGGAGAAGCCUACCCAGUCAUCCUCGAUGGCCUAUCGGCUCUUGCUCAAUCGACGGGAAAGCUUUCUAGAUUUGCGUGGAUAGUCGAAAGCUUGUCACGUGGUGAUGAGACGGAUUUCGGAGUCUGGGAGUGGAGGAUGGCGGCGGCGGGGUUCAUCUGCGCGUUGAUCCAGGCGAAUGAGGGAUUGGAGGAAAGGUGUGCUUUGAGAGGAGAGUUGAUCCGAUGUGGCUUGUCCGGUGUACUCGAGGUGUUGGAAGACCUAGAACCGCCGGAAGCAUUCCUACUACAGCUCGACGCAUACCAUAUCGAUAGAGAGAACGACGAGGAAGAUCUGCGGCUACUCUACCUUGGUCGUAUCAGAGGCACUAGGGCGUCUGGGGCAGUGGAAGCUUUGCUUGUGGCGCUGGAAGAGUGCGGUGCGGAUGAGAGGGAUGAAGAUGCUGUGGUAGAGGUUGUCGAGCUUCUGGGGCGGGUCGUGGAAAGGUAUGAUGAUGAGGAGCAGAAUGUAGCUGUCAGACGUGUCGCGGACCAGUGCAAGAAGCUUCUAGAUCUCCCUGUUGAUGAUUCUGAUGAACGUCCCGAAAGUGCGCUGCAGAUUGAAAAAGACUUGUCUGAGCGUCGAAGAGAGAAGGAAGGGAGGAGUCUGCUUGAGGCUGAGAAUGAAAUGCUGCGAGGAAGGAUUGAGGAUCUCGAAGGACAGUUGGCUCAGAGCGCGGACGCCCAGGAUCAGCAUGUGCGCUUCCUGUUUGAAUUGUCUUCUCAUAUCGAGACAUCUCCGUCAACAUCCGACGAGGCUACAUCACGGGACAUCCAACAAAGUCUUAUCGACCAUGUCCUUCAGUUGAAGAGCUCCAUGUCAGAUGAUCAAAGUCACCUGACAGAACUUGGCCGACAGCUCACAAAAGCUCAGGAACAAUUAGCAGGAGCCCAGAAGCAGCUAGAGGCCAAGACGUCAGAAGACAAACAAGGUUCUGAGGGACGAUCUUUCGAAGUGGCUGCUCUGAAGCCUGGUCGGACAAAAGCCCGGUCGGCGCUCAAGGUCAAGCUGCCUACGUCCAUACAGAAUGAUGUUCUUCUGUCGCCUCGGCUUCCCUCGCAAACUGAAGGCGCGAUAGGAGCGAGUGAGUCAUCGGGCCAGUCGAUGGUUUUCCCGCCCGUGAUCGUUUCUCCUGCUCCUCCGCCACCGCCUCCGCCCCCACCUCUUCCCAAUGCGUCCUUUCUUGGCGUUGCUCCUCCCCCGCCUCCCCCGCCUCCCCCGCCUCCCCCGCCUCCCCCUCCGCCGCCCCCACCUGGCCCUUCUAACCCUAGACACUCCGGCAUGCCUCCUCCACCGCCCCCGCCGCCUCCGCCACCAGGACUUCCCCGAGCUGGCCCUUCAAGUAUGCCUCCCCCACCGCCUCCGGCCCCUUCAUUCCCAGGCAGACCUGCUCAACACGCUCCUCAGCCUCAGCCACCGCAGCAUCAGAAACUCAAGCCGUUCUUCUGGUCUAAGAUGAACGGACCAGCGGUGAAGGAUACGAUUUGGACACAUAUUUCUCCAAACUAUGACUUUGAUGUGGAUGUGGAUGAGAUGUUGGAGGUGUUUGCGGUACAUCCGGCGACAGAGAAGGUGGAGAAGAAGAAGCCAGCGGUCGUUUCGAUACUGGAUAUCACACGCUCGAAUAACAUUGGCAUCAUGCUGAAGAGGCUGAGGCUGUCUCCUGCGCAGAUACGGCAAGCCAUACUGGAAGUGGAUGACGAAGUUUUGGAUGCCGAUGACUUGGCUCUGGUCAGCAGGAUGUUACCUACAAAAGAAGAGACCGAAAGGCUGCAAAUGUUUAACGGCAGUGUCUCGAAGCUGUCUAAAGCGGAUCAAUACUUUAUUGAACUGAGCAAAAUUCCCCAUCUCCAACUUCGGCUUGAAUCACUCGUUUUUAUCCGCCGUUUUGAACUCAGCAUAGCCGAAAUACUGCCAGACUUGAUGAUUUUGCGCCAAGCUGCCAAUCAGUUGAACGAGAGUCAACGGUUCAGAGAAGUGUUGCGGAUCGUAUUGGCUCUGGGGAACAGGUUGAAUAGGGGUACGUUCAGAGGGAAUGCGGCGGGCUUUAGAAUUGAAGAUCUUUUGAAGAUGAAGGACACGAGAACGUCGAAAGGUCCGGAUUGCCCUACAAUGCUUCAUUACCUCGCCAAGGUGCUGCUCAACACUAAUGCCAAAUUGAUCUUGUUUGCCGAAGAGACUCCAGCUGUAGAGCCAGCCGCACGUCUGAACUUGACCGACCUUGCCUCCAAUAUUGUUUCCUUGAUGUCCUCGGUCCGCCAAGCCACCACCACCCUGACUCUACUCCAGUCGUCAGAGCCUCUUCACACUCUCUUGACCGAAUUCCUCGGCAAAGCUAAACCGCAAUCCGCCAACUUGCAAAAGAUCCACCACCAAGUCCUCUCUGAACUCCACCAUCUCCUCCGAUACUUUGGCUACAAGACAUCCUCUGCCAACCCUUUCCCCCAAUCUGUGGACGCAGACAAGGGAGGCAAAAGAGAUGAAGGUCAAGGGGCCGAAGAGUUCUUUGGGAUGAUUUCGAGUUUUGGGAGGGCGUUGGAGAAGGCUGGGGCGGAGAUGAGUGCGCAUAUGAUCAAGGCGAAUAUGACGGGGUCUACCAUCGCUUCGACUUCAACGGUCGUAUCGAGCCCUGCACCUGCGCCUAGACAGCGGUCGAACGAACCAGCGCCGUCGAGCUUCAACAAUCCCUUCUUGCAGCCCAAUCGGGCAGACCAGUCGUCAGCGCGCAAGCUCUCUGCUCGCAAUACGCUAUCUCGGGGCGAGCUUGAUGAGACAAUCAAGACGAUUCGUGGUGGUGUUGGGAGGAGGGAGAGGCAGGAGAUGUCGGGAGGUGGGACAAUGGGCGUGAUGGGGAGGAAGACAGUGAAUCGGGGCACGAUUGGAGGGACGCUUGCAAGGAGGACGGGCGAGAAGCGGAGGGAUAGUGGAAAGAAGGGUGGGGGCGAAGAGCGGACGAGGUUGAGUCGGCUGUUUGUCCAUGAUUCGACAGGGCAGGGUGCUUGA